UACGGCGCGUGGUGCGAGUUUGUCGAGUUCUUGUACAUCGAAAAGUGGCGCUAGAGGUGCAACAAAUCAUGUCGAUAGAUGUACGAGACUUCUUUUGCAACAAAUGAUGUCCACGGAGACAACUUCAACUAGUGCUGCAGCUUCCACUACAACAGGUUGUGCAAAGAAUAGUCGUGUUGUCAAGAGCACUGCUGAGGAUAGAGCAAGAAGCAAUACUAGGGCUACUAAAACGACGAGGACAUCUUCAACCACUCGGAAUACAACAAGUAGUACAUCCAGUAGUGGAGAAAUGAUAGGUCUAGGAAAGGAAGAAGACUCGUCCGCGAAAACAGCUGGACUAGACAGUGGCAUCGACUAUUCAGAAACAACUGAGACUGGCCAACAACAACAUCACCAACAUCAAGGUGAUCAUGAAGAUGAACAAACAACGUCAACCUCAAUCACAGAUCAUGAACAAACAACGUCAACCUCAAUCACAGCCACGGCUGUACAAAAGCAAGACGAGGUGAACAAGACGCAACAAGAUGAUGCUGGUGAAGCAGGUGGUCAUCAUGAUGUUGUUGUUGAUGCCCGACUACAACAUCUGCAUGCUGACCCGAUAGCUGCAGUUGCAAAUGAUAUUGAUUUACCGAUAUCGGCAGGUCUUCUUCUUCCAACAAAAAUGGAAAAGGUCGUUCCGCUUCUAGCACUCCCCAAGGAAGGAGCUUCUCCAAGGAUUGUCUCCCCUGGUGGUUCCUUAGUCAGAGGCACAGAUAGGAGUAUUAUGCCUUUUUUUCUAGUAAACAAAACAGUAGUACAACACCUCUAGAGUAAGUAGGUACAAUCAUCAUCAUCAUCAUCAUCACCAUCAUCACCAUCAUCAGGCUCAACGAAUUAUCUCCACCUCUGGCAUUGUCGUACUAGUUACUUUCAUCCAUUCAGUAGGUACUUCGUCCACUAGUUAGAACUAGAAGACAAGAUAGUAGAGUACUGCAACUCAGAAUAGGAUGACCAUGUUAUAAUUUGAAAUUAUUGAUUUCGUCUAUCAAAAAUGAAAAACCUGCUUAACUACAAGAAACUUUUUCUAAAGACAGCAGCAGGGAAAACGAUGGUAUUGUUGAUGAAACUCCUUCCGCUUCCCCUACUUCAGAUCAAGCUGAAGUUGAUGUGGAUCAGCUUGUAGUAGAAGAGCAGCCACCUCCAAGACACGACCUUAUUAUUAAGGGUAGGUUAAAGGUGCUUUUCUUACCGCUUUUUAUGCCUCUCCUAAGGGAGAACGGCAUAACAAGCGGGGUAAGCGAGCACCAAAAACCUACCUCUAAUAUUACAGCAGAUGGAGAACGCACAUCCGCAACAUCAGAAGAAAAGCCAUCAGAAGAAUCACUAGAAGAAAAGCCAUCGGCAGAACGAGCAUCAGCAUUAAAGGAAUCACUUUCGUCCCAAGCAGAGCAGCCUCUGCGUUUGUCACCUUGUAGGGGUACUAGAAGCUGCGACGAUGCAGGUCUGCAUUCUGGACUACUAGAUGAUGUUGGUGCUCCAAUGACUUCGCCCAGGUCUAUAAGUGGUUCUAUGGAAAGGAGGAUGAAAAGCAACAACACGGACAACAUGCCCAUAUCAGCAGAAGAACAGGCUUUUACCAUGCCAGCAGAAGUGGUGGAAGAACAGGCUUUUACCAUAUCAGCAGAUGAUGAACAACCAGUAGAAGAAAAAGAAGAAGAAGAAGAGACACAACGACCUAAAAAUGUUGUAGUACACAACAAGACCUCUCCUAGUACAAGAAGCACGAGAAGUAGCAGACCAAGACUAACUACAUCCAGGAAGAUCUUUCACCAGAAGAGUUCCCCAGAGGCCACGAUCUCAGAGCCCCUUCUGUUAUGGACACAACACUGGUGAAGCAUGUCCUUAUGUUAACUUCCCUCUUCUAUCGUUCCUUCUUCUGUAAUUUAGUUGUAACUGUUGUGGUUUAUUAGGUUCUUUGCAUACCCCUCGUCGAUUGGGUAAGUACUUACAUGAAUGAUGAAUGAAUGAAGCUUGAAGGCGGUGAAGAUGAAUUAGACGCAGCACAAAGAAGCUCUUCUUUUUCUACUUGAGUCCUAACUUCUGGUUAGGAUCCUACGCACUAAGGUAAAACUCUACUGCCAUUCUUUCGUCUUUUCUUAGUCUUUCUUAAGCUCUAAUUCUGAAGUUGCCGUAUCCGAAGCUGUUUGGCGCUUCACGGCAGAAUGAUUUUGACGAUAGUCCGCAUUUAUUCACCGAGGACUUCAAAUUCGACAACAUUCAACAAAACUUAUGCUCUUGUUCACGAGCGAGGCUCUUCCAGUUAAACCUUCGAUAGAAGCAAGUGGCAAGAAAAGCAUAUAAUAUUAUAUCUGGGCACGUGUACUAUCUUGUACUUGUUUUUAUUCCAAAAAUAUUAUGAAGGAAGCUUCUAGUUCUACCUCUCUAUUUAUUUUACUCUCUCAAUAACCGGUUAAAAUUUUUCCCUGCUCGUAAGAUCUAUUUUAGCGUCAGUCCUCCCAAUCGAUCUGCUUCACCCUCUUAAUACAGAAGACCAAUACCAUCAAGACUUCUGCAUCUUCAGAAGAUAAAGAUUCAGAUUCUGUGAUGUGCAUGAUAUUUUACAACAGUCCUCGAGUCGGUCCUUGCGUGUAAGAACUGGAAUGUGGUAUAAGUGGGAUAUCCCCCACAGCAGCACGGCUUACGCUUACACUCUAAAAACAAUUACUCCAAUCAGGAGCUUGCAAAACCGUUCAGAACGAUCUGCGCCAGAAAGGGAUCACUGUGAACAACAACAUGAUCUGCAUAUGAAUGUGUUUUUCUCUCCAUUAACAGACCAUCGUCGCGGCUGCUCUUUUAUUUCCCCUUCGUCAAGCUGUAUAGGUUAAAGGUGGGCCUCGAUGGUCUGGCUAGAUGGAAAAACACGCCUUUCAUAAUGCACGCAGCGUUAACCAAUUCUGACACUCUUGGUCGAUCGAGUGGUCCAUCUAGAGCUACAGCAACUGUUGGAGUAAAUGGAAACGUGAUGAUGCAAGCUAGUCCUAGUCGUGAAGUUGUUGUUGGACAAGUGGGUUGUAGCUGUACAAGUACAUCUUCGGCUUCUAGCCCAUACGAUCAUGGAGAGUGGUCACAACCUCAGCUUCAAGCUCAAGAACUUCAAGCUCAAGUUCAACUCCAACCGGGACUUCAUCAAGCUCAAGUUCAACUCCAACCUGGACUUCAUCAAGCUCAAGUUCAACUCCAACCGGGACUUCAUCAAGCUCAAGUUCAACCCCAACCUGGACUUCAUCAAGCUCAAGUUCAACUCCAACCUGGACUUCAUCAAGCUCAAGUUCCACCUCAUCAUAUGGCUGAAGUGCUUGUGA